UCUUUUACUUUCAAACUUAGCUUCAUCCACAAAAUUUAGGCCCCAUAUGAUCAUAGCCAACAGGCAUCAGCACAUGACUUUGUUUGACAAGCUUAUUAGCUCAACUUGUAUAAAUAAGCCCUCUUUCAUGAGCCUUUUCAUCAUCAAGCACAAGCAUUAUAAGUUCAGCCAUCAAAAGUUUCUAAAUUUGUUAUUUACUUUCUGGUUUUCAAUCUUCCGGAAAAGAAAAUGGCGAUAAUUAGUACCAAGAAACUCAUCAAAAUGGCUAGGAAAUGGCAGAAGUUCGCAGCAAUGCAGAGGAAGAGGAUUUCAUUUGUAAGGAAUGUUAGCGAUGCAGAUAGUUGUAGUACGUCUUCAUCGUCUAUAGUUGAAAAAGGACAUUUUGUAGUAUACACAGCCGAUCAAACACGCUUUGUCAUUCCAUUGGCUUACCUUGAAAAUGAAGUCAUUAGGCAACUCUUGAAAAUGUCCGAAGAAGAAUUUGGGCUGCCGAGUGGUGGUCCUAUUACAUUGCCUUGUGAUUCAGCCUUCAUGGACUAUAUCAUUUCGUUAAUGAGCAGAGGCGUAACUGCAGGAGAUCUUCACAAAGCAUUGGUCCUAUCAAUUCCUACUAGUUGCUGUUCGACUUCUUCUUUGUACCGAGAAAGUGGAAACCAGCAGCUUCUUGUUUGUUGAGUCAUAAAACAUGCUAUCUGUAAAUAGAUUUUUAGAUAGGGCAUACACUGAUGAGCAUUAUUGUAAAGCACAUCAUACAGUUUGAUGAAUAUUAUUUAAUCAGAGAAAAUUUACCAUAUC